UAUAACGUAGGAAUAUAGAGAUGUUUCGUGAAUAUAUUGCUCUCCUUUAUUGAUGACACAAGCGCCGUGAUUAAAUCUACGUCUAUGACCUACGAUUGGGUUGUUGUGAUGAUGUUUGCUGCGCGCAUCACAUCUCCAAACACAGAUUGAGUGCGUCUGUUAUUUUUGGUAAAUGCUUUCUUUUGACGGCCGUGUCAGUUAAUUGGCACAGGUGAGCAAUUGUGUAGACUUGGUUGCGAAAGAAAUGCAAGAGUAUUUUUUUCCCAAUCCGUCUUCUGUAGCCCCCAACCCUGCAUAGCAACUGUGCGCACAAUUCACGCACAGUGGAUUUGUGAGCCAACCAUUCCGAGCUUCAGUGUGACGUCCUAUUUGUUGACACUUUCAUUAGCUAGCCACCUGUGAAACGUCAUUGCAGCAGAGACAUCGCCACCCACCAACGUAGCCACGUUUUCUGCCUAGAAACACCGCUGGCUAAUCGGAACAGCAAGACAGAAGAAUCCCGUGGGCCGGGGCAGCAACGCGGGGUGUUUUUUUCAUGCCAAGUAGAGGGAGGGAUGGAGGACGGGCAGAGCCAACCGCAGACUCGGCUGCCUGGUGAGAGUGGGCACGCUGGCUGUCAUCAGUGUCAUCACCCCCAAGAAGCCAAUAACACGGACGCUCGUCCAGACGCGGAAGUGACAGUGGCGGUGACAGCCACCACCUCCCAGCAGCAUCAGCAGCAGCAGCAGGAGCAGCAGGAGCAGGAGCAGCAGCAGGAGCAGCAGCAGGAGCAGCAGCAGGAGCAGCAGCAGCAGUCAGCCCCCGAGCUCCCCCAGUACAGGAUGGGAUCCAAGAGUGUGGAUGACAUGCGCUUCAUGAUCUCAUGCACCAACUGGUAUUAACCUUUAAAACCCUUUUGAGGAGUACCAUCACAAAUAUGUGAUUAGAAUUUUGCCCAAAUUUUUGAGUUCUCAUUAUGAUGUCAUAAGGACUUUGCAAGAUUUUUUAACACAGACUUCUAUGGGAGUUGUAGAGUGUUCAAGUGAAAUUCUAGAAGAACCUGGGGAAAGUCCUUACUCCUCAAAGGGUUAAGAGUGUGGGCAUUUGAACAUUCUAUGAAAAAGAAUGCGUUGUAUAACAAUGCAAGACUCUAGAAUUCCAAAUUGUAUUGUAUGGUGCCCAGAAUUCUAUAAAAAUGUCACUUCCCAAACAGUCCCGUCACACCGGUGUGAAGAUGCACUCUUAAAGGUUUUAAUAAAUCCCUUUGAGGAGUACAAUCACGCAACCUGAUCAGAAUUUUAUCAGAAAUGUUGAGCUCCCUCUGACUGCUUAUGUCACAAAAUACUCUGGUUUUUUUAACACCAGAGUUCCACAGAAUGAGUGGAAUGCUGGAGUAAAAUUCUGGAAAGACCUUACUCCUCAAAGGGUUAUAUGCACGUUACACGGACGCAUUUUGGUCAUUCUAUGAAACGUUUGCCGCUCUCUAACAAUUUGGCACUAUACGUGGAAUGUCAAUCUAUUUAAUGGAACGCCACACUAUUCUUUAGGAUGUUCAUCCUCCCUGCCAGCAUUCUCUUCACGCUGGUGUGACAGGUACACCCUUGAUACUGUAGUGGGUGAAAGGUCAGGUGAGGACCUUAGUUGCCAUGGAGCCUCUCUGGCUCAGUAUGGAGACUGAGAGUGUGGGUGGAUGGACUGGGGUUUGUUAUCUCACAUAGCCACUGCGAGGCCAUGUGCAUAGCAAGGCAUUUAUUACACAUAAGCAUGCCAUGCACACAGACAACCACCUCUGCUUUUGGUAGUGCCACUGGAUGAGGGGGUGUAGGUGUGGUAGAAGUGUUAUGCUCUGUACUUUAUGGCCACACACACACACACACACACACACACACACACACACACACACACACACACACACACACACACUUCCAGCUAUGUGAUGCUGCUUGGGCGGCUGAGGCGUAGUUAAGUGCACAGUCACUGCUGUUCAGGGGUGCAUUUCUCGAAAGCGUAGUUGUUAGCCUGUUAGCAACUUGGGUAGUUACCAAUGGGAAGUUACAUUGCAAACGACAAAGUAGCUAACGUAGUUAGCAACUACGCUUUCAAGAAAUGCACCCCAGCUUUGUACAGUGCUGCCUCUUGGAAGGCCAUUGCAAAAUACCAAAUACCAAAUACCAAAAUACCAAAAUACACCAGCUUGCCCUGGGGUCCGUUUCUCGAUUCUUGUCGUUGCUAACCGUCUUAAGACCGUCUUAAGACCGUCUUACCAUUCCCUUGGAUUUA